AUGGGGUAUGUUGCUGAUCUCAACGACGCCGCUUCCGCGGAGGAUGCGCAGCCAUUCGAAAAGUUUGUGGCUGGCGAGCCCGGCGACAUCGACGUGGAGGAGCAGACCAGGCCUCCCCUCAGCGUUGCGAAAGCCACGGCGCUCCUGACGUCCAGAGCAGACCCACUUCAGUCGGCGGAGAUUUUUGCGGGCGCUGAGGGUGCACGCUGGGGCCAGCGAGUUUUUUGGGGCGGCGUCCGCAGGCAUUCUGGCGCAGGUUGCCGAGGCCACGACCUGGCUCGCAUCCGGGUGUUUGAGGACUCGGCCGAGGACACGGCGACAUGGAUGGCCCAGUCGCCCUGCAGUGCAGGCUAUUCGACGCCGGGCAAGCCGGCGCUGACACAGGUCCCGGUCACAUGGGAGCCUCACCACCGACGACCUGACUUCCACAUGUCAAUCAAUGCCGACUACAUUCGCCAAAGGACAGCGGCGCCCCAGGUCGGCGAGCACACGGAGACCUUGCUCCAGCAGCUCAUCGACAAGGUGCGGGCGGCGACGCUGCCGUGGAUCGACGGGGCUGGUGGAACCGCGAGGCCUCCGGAGCUAUUAGGCGAGUCGGCGGCCGAGUGUGCCGAGUCCUUCGAGAAGCUCUUCGCGGCGGGGGUUCCGCAUCAAGGUUGCGGCACAUUCAAGCCCGACGAGGCGCAGAAGGGUCGGUGGUAUGAAGCACGCACUGCUUGCCACUGGGUGCCGGCGAUGUUCCUGCGGUGCUGGGUCCCGGAGCUGUCCGACCUGCCCGAGAAUCCCGAGGCACAGGGCAGUGUUGAAGCUUGGGCCUCCGAGUGGCAAGAUAUCCAAGACAAGCCCUGGCCUCGACUGCGGCCACUGUUGGACGUGUUCGGCAACGGCGACGAGUUGCCCACAGGCUUGCAGUUCUUCCGGCAGCUGCGCAAGGUGGCUUCGGAGGGCCAUCUACCACAUCGUGCUUGCGCCGAGCUGGUCAAUGCAGGAGAGGGCCGUGCUCCCAAGCGGCAUUUGCUGAAUCUCAUGGACAACGUGGACGCCGUGUGUGCUGAGAAUGCAACCAGAUUUGUCGAGGAGAUCCGUGAGCAGUGGCAGACAUCCGAAGACCUUCGCCUGGAACUCCAGCGACGGCUGCAGCUAUUGGAGUGGCUUGUGGAGGCAUACAAGUUUGAUGAGAUCGCUUGUGAUCGAGACCGGUUGAAACAGCAGAUGGCACGAAGCGAGGAUCGCACGUUGCUUGAGCUGCAGCGCUUGGUGCAGAAUGCCUGCGAUGUCUUCAAAGGCUUCAACCAGCGCCAGGAGACUUUCGACUUCUUGCAGCACUUCAUGCGAGCAGGCUCCGCCCUCGUGAAUCCUUUGCUCCAGCACUUCGCUUUCCUCUUCGCCAGCGAGCACGGCCUCACCGAGGAGGAGGCGAGGUUGGAGUUCGAGGACUUCGGCCAGGUCGUCCAGCGGUGUCAUGCGGAGCUUCGGAAGCUCGCACUGGGAGAGAAAGACGGCGCCGUGGACGCAGACGUCUGGCGGCUAGUGGUGGAGGAGUUCCGGAAGCCCGAAGUCAGGAUGGAGAAGGAGAUCGACUUGCUCUUGGAGUUCUUUGGCCGCCACGUCACCGAGAAGGAUGGGGAGGGUUCUGGUGCUGGCGGUGCGGGCGGCUUGUUGUCCAGCAUUCGUGGAGUGUUCCAGAAAGGCGGCAAGCCCAGGUUGGAAGCGAGGCGUGAGAUGGUCACGAAUGCCUUCUAUGCACAUGUUGCCUCUGGCGCGAUCUCGGAUGUGGAGCGUGCGUUGCAGUACAUGCGCCUCGACUGGGCCGUGGAGUGUGGGACCUUCCAAAAGUUGCGACGCCUGGCGGAUCUCACGCUCUCGGCUGAGACCGUGGACGUGGAGGCCGACGCCCUGCGGCUCCAGGAGUUCCGGAAUCUGGGCCUGGACUUCGAGGAUGCUCGAGAGCUGCACUUCUUCCAGACCCUCUCACAAAAAGUCUGCGUCUUCGAGUUCUUGGUGGAGCAGGGCUUCACCGGACCCCAGUGCCUGCAGCAGUUUCAGCAGAGGGUCGGCAUCGUGCGCCAGUUCUUGGAGGAGGAGUCGCUCAUUCGGCUGCUGAAGGGGGUUGGUCUCUGCAAGCCUCGACCACGUGUGGAGUCCUUUGCCGGCGUUGCCGCACAGAUUCAGCUCAUCCGUGCCCUCUUUGCCAAUGUUGACCGUCAGGGAGGACAGGGAAGUGAAUUGCUACUCUGGUCUGUUGAUCAGAUUCUCGGCGGGCAACUGGUCCUGCAGGGCUACCAGGCAGACUUCCACUGUUGGUAUAGGUACAGAGGCGCAGGGGUGGAGCGCACCGUGCAGGUGUCGUCCACCAGCCUGACAGAGUAUUCCACGAGGAGCUUGAUGAGCCUGGAGGGAUUGCAGGAGAACCCGGAGAAGUUCGAGUUGCUGCAAGCCUUCCUUGAGAAGGUGCCGGCCAUUGUGAACAAUGACACCGGCCUUGCAGCCACCGCAGCCGCACUUCACAAGAUUGGACAUCCCAGGUUCCGUCAGAACGUGGAGAUUUGCAUGAGGAGUGACUUGGCCGUUGAGGCCCAGCUGCAGUUUGAGAGCUUGGGUGCUUGGAAGCAAGAGGUCUUGCACACCAUGGAGGCCGCUCCGCUGCUUGGCCUCGUGCCUCAGGGCCAGUUGCAUGCAUGGCUUGCCCAGUCAUACACGGAAGGCCUCACAGGGGAUCUGCUGAACUCAAUAUCUGAAGGGCUGAGUGCAUGGAGCCAGUGUAGCUCGGAAGCCCUCGAAACAAAACUCUUGCUGUCGGGCAUCCACCUGAACGAGCCGCUGGAAGCCAGUGCGGCUUUGGCGGCCCUCUGCCUUUGCUGUGAGGAUCUCGAUGUCAGGGACGAAUGCUGCGCACACCCAGAGCACGUGUCCGGGCCAGGCCGAUUUCAGGUCCAGGCCAAAGACAGCGAGGAUGCCCUGAAGAAAUUGGUGCACCUCUUCCUGGCACUGGAUGGUGGGCCCAAGAGGCUGCCACGACCAUCCGAGAUCCUGUUCUGUGAUGACCGAGUUCGGGAAGCCGAGGUUGAGGCAUUUCUGUGGAGAUCUCGGAGGUUUCCGCAGCUGCUUUUUGUUCUUGUCGAGCCGAACCGCCUCCCUCCGGAAGGCAAGAAGCUGAUCGCAGAGUGGUUGGCAAGCGAAGAUCAGCAAGAUCGAAGCUCCUCCGUAGGCGUGAUCCUGACAUCACCCUGGUACAUCCCCGCUUCUGCGCAGGUGCGUGAGAUGCCGGUGCGCCCCGAGCACGCUGUCCAGGUUUGGAGGGAACAGUGCCCAGCAGAAGUCUUGCUCUACCACUCCAAGCCGUCGGAACCCGAGUCGGCCAGGGGUACUGGCCCCUCUUCGGGGAAGAGUACCUACAUCCGGCAUCGCUGCAAGCGGGAUGACGAGGAGAUCAUGAGCUGCAUCUUGCAUGAAGGCUUUGAGCUGAGCGAGUUCAUCGCUGAGUCUCGCAGGCAGAUCUUGGACAGCAGCCUUGCAGGCCGCCGCGUCGCACUUCACAUCGACGUGACGGCAUACAGCGACUGGGAGCUCAGCAAUGCCUUCCUCCGGCACCUCUUGCUGUGUCAGGUCCUGUAUGAUCCCACCUCGGGGCAGAUGGUCUCUCUUCCAGAUGGCACGAGGAUUCAUGUGGAGGUUGGUGCCAUCGUGGGCAAACGAGACCUGCACUCGCUCAGGCCCUAUGCCACAGAAGAAACGAUGCAAGCACGGUUCCCGCAGCAACACAAGAGCGGGCUUAAACUGACAUUGUCACUUCUGUAUCCCAUUUUGGAGAUUGUCGGUCGAGAUGUGUCGCUGGAAGUGUCGAGCUUCCCACUCCAAGAGGGAGAGUGUCAUUACUCAUCCCAGCUGAUAAGUUGCUCGGACCAGCAAAUCCACGCCCGCUUGGAAUGCAACUCCUGUGGUGUAAGACCCAUUCGGGGCAGGUGCUACACCUGUCAGGUUUGCCCUGACUUUGACCUUUGCGCUGAGUGCUAUGAAAGCUUGCCGGACCAUCACGAUGCCGGCCACAAAUUCCGAGAGCGACAGGCGAGUGCUCUUCCCUUCCGCUUGAUGCAUGCCUUCUUCCAGCUACACCCCUUGGACGAGGCUCGACGAUUGUCACUAGGACGCAGCUGGCAUCUGUCUGUGCACUUAACGGAUGAGCCGUCAUUUCAGAAGUGA